CCACGUUUUUUCCUCCGGAUUUUAUUUAGCCACCGUGCUUUAUUUCUCCACUGCGCUCUAUUUCUUUAAUACCUUAAAAUGCGAUUAAUUAGGCACUGCGCCCGAUUCUUAAUUUUUUUAAGCGCAAUAUCUUUUAUUGAUUUUUCUUUGAGCUCGAAAUCAAAAAAGAGUUCAACUUGGACUUCCUCGCGGGAUUUCUUGGAAAAGGAAGGUCAACAAUGGUCCAAGGUGUCCUGCAAAAACACCAAAAAAGAUCACAUCAUGAAUCUAAGGGCCAAGAAAUCAAACGACCAGCUCAUGUCUUGCCUUCUAAAGGCCUUAAAGGAAUCAAAUGAUGCCUUUCUGUGGAACGUUUUGGGAGAGUCGUAUCAGAAAUUACGAGGCAACAUCAAAGCAGCCAACAUAUGCUUCAAGGAAGCUUCAAAGCAGGGUGGAAAAUUGUCGAAAUUUAUACAGAAGUGGCAUUUUAUCGGACCAUUUGUUAUUGGCAAGGGAGAAGUAGAUGGAGAUCCUGUGGAAGAGUGGGGUGGGGUCAAGAAUAUUUCACAAUACAGAUGGGAUAAGAAAUUUUUUUUGUACUCAGAGCUAGUGCCUGGAGGAGAGAUUAGGUGGAUGGAAAUCAGUCAAAAAACAGCUACAGAACCAGUAGCUGUUGCACCACCUGUAAACUGGAAUGAUUUAGUGAUGUCUUUACAAUCAAUGGGAAUAACUGAAUGGCAGGGAUGGGUCCUAGGGGAUUUUUUUGUCAAUGAAGAUGAUGUCACGGUAUUGGUGCAAUGCCUUGGGGUGCAUACUCUAUAUAUUGAUGAUUCUGUCUUGACAGGAGAUGUUUAUAGAAGAGAUCAGUUUUGGUCAUCUAUUAAACUAUCACGUGGAAUUCACACUCUACAUCUUCAUCUAAGGACCAAAGGAUCCAUAGCAUUCACCUAUACUAUUAAACUUCUAGAGACAAAACAAACUUUCCUAGUUUUGUCUCCUUCUUUUUCACCUGAUCUUGUGGAUGGAAAGCUCUUCUCAACAUUUAUCUCUAUUCCCAUUAACAAUUUACAUAGCUCUAAUUGGCUAAGAGUGACCAAAGUUUCUACGGUCAAAGAAUCUUCCUACAGUCUACAAUUUUCUGUGAAGUUGACAGCUGAAGACAAAGCUUUUGCUAUAGCUCCUGGGCAAGUGCGACCAAUUAAAGUUGUUCUAGAAUAUAAAAAUGGAAAGCAGCAAAGAGUGGAUGAUGACACUUGUUCUGAUGUGAAACUUCUGUUAAAAGUUAGCACCAAUAAAGGACCAGAUCAAAAAAUCACAAUAAAUCUUAGAUGCCGCAAAGUAAGCCAAUCAUUUUUGUUUACAUUUCUUGACCACGAUGCUUCAGUUCAGCAUGGUGCAGCCAUUGUUCCCUUAACAAGUUGUCCUUCAGGAGUCUGUCCUUCUCUGCUGACACUGCAUGGUACAACGGUGCCUCCUCAAAAUCAGGCAGACAGCUACAAGCGCAUGGAGAAUGGGAAGUGGGUGUUUGGUGUUGACCAUCUGUGGCUUGUGGCACCCACUAGACAUGGGGCACAUAACUGGGAAGGGCCUGGAGAGCUUACAGCUAUGAUGGCCCUUAGAAGCUUAGCCAAGCUCACCAAAGAAGCACCAUGGAUUGGACCUCAAGCUGAUGAAAACCAAGUCGUGUUUGCAGGGCAUUCCAUGGGUGGACAUGGAGCAUGGCAGCUUGGUACCCACUAUCCAGACAAUGCCCUGGCCUUAGUAUCGGCAGCUGGAUGGAUCAAGAAAGAAGAUUAUGGUGACUCCAACUUGUUCUUUCGUCAUGACAUCAGCACGAGUCAUACUUCUCCAUCAGUGAAGAGUAUACUAGAGGCUUGUACAGCAGAAAAUGAUGCCGACAAGCAUGUAUCAAAUUUACAUGGAGUGCCAGUUAUGAUACGAAUUGGAGCAGCUGAUAGGACAGUGCACCCUUACUUCACACGUCGCAUGUUCCGUCUGUUGCGGGAGCAGAGGACCAAUGUCACAUACUCUGAGAUAGUAGACAAAGAACACUGGUGGUGGGAUACUUACAAGACAAAUGAUGGAGGCGUUGUAAAUGAUCCAAUCAUAAGGAAAUUUGCUGUGGACCAUGCAAAGAGUGCUGCCGUUGUCUCUCCACUUGCAAGUCACUGCAAGAAAGAUAAAGAAUGCAGUCCAGCUGAUACAACAGAGAAAUACAAAUCCUCUUCUGACCAAAGAACAGAUAGAAACACUGCAGGGAAUGGGAAGUUUCAGCUUACUGUUUAUAACCCAGUUGCAAACACAGGUUUGAGAGGUGUGCGUAUCAUGCAACAGAUCAUCCCUUUCCAUAAAAGUUCAAUUGAUAUUUUCUUCAGUUGGAAUUCAGUUGUCAUGAGCACUGCAAAUGUUGCAAGGAUCUGUCUUAAAGAGCCUUCCAUCUCUCCUGUAUUGUGGCAUCAAAGAUCAGUUGAGGUUGAUGGAACUGUGGUCAGUGGUCUGAAAUAUCAAGCUGGCCAAGAGUGUAUCAUUUCUCUGUGCAAAUCUGAUGUUCACUCAUGGGAGCCUUGUCAAGAUGCAGUGCUUGAGUCCAAACUCAUGAGAGGCCCUGUCAAUAUGGGUCCUGCGAGGAGGGUUGCCGAGGGACCCUUUCUAAUAGUUACAGGUACCUCGUUUGUGGAGAAGCACAUUACCACAACCCUGAGGCAGUUUGCAGUGUAUAUAGCAAACCUCUUCUUUUUAACAUCCGAUGCGUGGGCGCCAGUCGUUUCCGAUGCUGACUUAAACGAUGAAAUCGCUGACCAGUAUAACUUGAUUCUCGUUGGCAGUCCUCUGGAAAAUUCUUGGGUUAAACAAUUUCACGAGAGAGUUCCCUUGAAGUACGAGAGCAACACGCUGAGUUUGGGUCGUUGUACAUUCUCCUCUCCCCAGACCGGCGCAGUCUUCCUGGCACCACACGCUGGCUUUCGCCUGGCAUUAAUUAUAUCCGGAAACUCAAUUGACGGUAUUCGAGACGCUGUGAGCCUGGCCAAGCCCACUAUUCCACCGAUGACAAGAUCCCCGUUUUCAAAUAUGGUUCCUGACUACGUCAUUACCGGUCCGAUGUUCCCUGCUCGUGGGCCCGGUGGCUACCUUUGCUCUGGGUUUUGGAAUAACCGCUGGCGGUAUGGGAGAGAGAUUUCGUCGUGUGUUUGUUGAUCUGAGAAAGAGGCCGACGAGACAUGCGCCUUUCACGCUUAAUUCAGAUGUAGGAUAAAGCCGCAGAUUACCAUAUCCUGCUUAGAAUGAUUACGGAGAUUAGAGUGUCUAACGACCAAACCAGUCGCAAGACAAUUCAAUCUCUCAAACCAUUCUAAAUUUCCCUUUAAAAGCGGCAAUUUUUAUCCCCACUUUAUCAACGAACGCUUUUCAUUCAAAUAAUUUAUUUUAGUUGCCAUGUUCCCACCAAUAUCGUAGGUCUAUUUUUUCGCAUAUAAACACACUCAUAACCCACCAUCGCUCUGUCAAAGGGCUAACGCUCGGAGCGUCUCCUUAGAAACUCUUUACGGUGGGCAAUUCACAUUAUCAACUCAGUUGAUAAAGCCAAUUAGAAUUGUUUGCACUUGGCCUCAUUUUGAAAGUGAGGCCAUUUCAAUUUGGGACCGAGGUCAUGCCGGAUGAAAGCGAGCACUCUAACCAUUGUGUAAUCAGAUAUUUAAAAAAAAUGCGCUUUGCAUUUUGUAAUUGAGAGGUGAUUUUUCUUGCUUGAUGUUCCUAAAUUUUCUAUCUGUUCUUUAAAAUCUCAAGGUGUCACAGGAUCGCCAAUCUCUCAGUGGCCAUUCGCGUCUUUAGUGUCAAAAUGUAUCCGUUGCCCUACGGUAAUAGUUUGGAAGAAACAGAAUGGAGUACUGGUAGUUCAAAAAAAUAAAUUUGUAGUGGAAA